AUGAGAUUCACUAUCUAUCAGGCCAUUGGCCUUCUGUCUUUGGUCUCGGUUUCGCUCUCGCGAUCCCUCCCCGAGAAGCGCCAGACCAGUGUAGCCGCGUGGGUCUCAGCUGAGCAGACCAUUGCUUUGUCCAGUCUCUUCCGCAACAUUGGAUCCUCUGGAGAGUUUGCAAAGAGCGCUGACCCUGGUGCCGUCAUUGCUUCUCCCUCAACGAGCAGCCCUGACUACUACUACCAAUGGACUCGUGACUCCGCAAUGGUGUUCAAGGUUCUCCUCAACCAGUACAUCAAUGGAAACAGCUCCCUCGAGACCAUGCUCAAGGAGUAUGCCACUGAGAGCGCAAAGGUCCAGAAGACCAGCAACCCCAGCGGUACCUACACCACCGGCGGUAUCGGCGAGCCCAAAUUCUACGUCAACGGCGCCGCCUUCACUGGCAGCUGGGGCCGCCCCCAACUCGACGGCCCAGCCAUCCGAGCCACCGUCCUAACAAAGUUCGCCAACAUGCUCCUCGACGCCGGCGAGACCUCCUAUGUCACCUCAACCCUCUACGACAGCGCCUUCCCCACAAACUCCGUCGUCAAGGCUGAUCUUGAGUACGUCGCAAACUACUGGACCAGCAGCGGCUUUGACCUCUGGGAGGAAGUCAACGGCAACCAUUUCUUCACCUACCUCGUCCAGUACCGUGCUCUCGUUGAGGGCGCCGAGCUCGCAAACAGACUCGGCGACACUGGUGCCGGAACCUACUACACCACCCAGGCAGCCGCCAUCAAGGCCAAGCUCUCCUCCUUCUGGAGCUCCAGCAAGGGCUACCUCCUCGCAACCCUCAACACCGGCCGUACCGGUCUCGACUGCGGGACCCUCCUGGGCUCUCUCCACGGCAAUGGCGCAAGAGGCUUCGACGUCUACCCUGCGUCCUCCCCCGAGGUCCUCGCCACCGUCAAGGCCCUCGUCGACUCAAUGAAGACCCUCUACACCAUCAACACUGCCUCUGGCGCGCCCGGUGUCGCCAUUGGCCGCUACCCCGAGGACGUCUAUGACGGUGUUGGCACCAGCACUGCUAACCCUUGGUUCAUCUGCACCCUCACCACCGCCGAGGUUCUCUACACGGCCGCCAAGCAAUUCACCGCUGCGGGAUCCAUCCCCGUUACUUCAGUAAACCAGGCCUUCUUCCAGCAGCUCAAGUCAUCAGCAAGCGCGGGUACAACAUACGCCGCGGGCUCGACUGAUUUCACCAGCAUCAUUGCGGCGAUCAACACCUAUGCGGAUACCUUUGUGGCCACUGCGCAGCUGCACGCGGCGAGCAAUGGUAGUUUGAGUGAGCAGUUCUCGCGUACCGAUGGGUCGCAGAAGGGAGCCAGGGAUUUGACGUGGAGUUAUGCAAGUUUCUUGACUACUGCUGCGGCCAGGGCAGGAACCAUUGCUUUCUAG